CAAGCAUCCCAUGAGAAAAAUUCUAGUGACUAGAAGAAUAUGGUGAUAUAUAUAUAAAGUGUGGCGUGACAACAACUAGAAUAUUAUUGUCCGACCAAAGUGUUGCGUUAGCAGCUGAGGGCUGGUAGAUAGUACAAUACGUUCCCCUUCAGAGUCUUCAGAGUCUUCGCGGCGGCGUGGGGCGGUGGGCGAGGAACUUGGUACGAUAUGAUUACUCUUGCUCGCCUUCUCCUCCUCCUACUCCUCUUCCUGGUACUCUUCCUUUCUUCUUCAGCUAGCAAAGCCGCUUCAGCAGUAUCCCAGGAUGAAGAUUCUUCAUCGGCUUCAUCGAUUAUAUCGAGGUUCCGGCAAUACCUCCAGAUAAACACCGCCCAACCCAAACCCAACUAUCAUGAAGCCGCCGAUUUCUUAAUCUCCCAGGCCAACUCCCUCUCCCUCGAAUCCCAAGUCCUUGAAUUCGUUCAGGGCAAACCACUGGUCCUUCUCAAGUGGCCCGGCAAGAAACCCGCCCUUCCCUCCAUCCUCCUCAACUCCCACACCGACGUCGUUCCCUCCGAGCACCACAAGUGGGCCCACCCUCCCUUUGACGCCCACCUCGACUCCGCCACCGGCAACAUCUACGCCCGCGGCUCCCAGGACAUGAAGUGCGUGGGGAUGCAAUACCUGGAGGCCAUCCGGAAGCUUAAGGCUUCUCCUUCCUUCCGCCAGCCUCUUCGGACCGUCUACCUCUCCUUCGUCCCCGACGAGGAGAUUGGCGGCCACCCCGGCGCCGAGAUGUUCGCCCAUUCCGAAGUUUUCCAGAAGAUGAACGUCGGGGUGGUGCUCGACGAGGGUCUGGCCUCCCCUGAUGAUUUUUACAGGGUUUUCUAUGCUGAAAGGUCACCCAUGUGGCUGGUCAUCAAGGCCACUGGCCCUCCCGGACACGGGGCCAAGCUCUACGACAACAGUGCCAUGGAGAACCUGCUGAAGAGCAUUGAGAGCAUCCGCAGGUUUAGAGCUGCUCAAUUUGAUCUCGUCAAGUCAGGCUCUAGAGCCGAGGGGGAAGUUAUCUCUGUUAAUAUGGCCUUUCUCAAAGCUGGCACUCCUUCCCCCACUGGGUUUGUCAUGAAUCUACAGCCAUCCGAAGCACAGGCAGGUUUUGAUAUCCGAGUCCCUCCAGCGGCAGAUCACUUGUCCUUGGAGAUACGUAUUGCUGAGGAAUGGGCUCCUAGUUCACGUAAUAUGACCUUUGAGCUUGGACAGUUCAAACAAAAGGCAUCUGUGUAUGACAAAUUUGGGAAGCCGAUGUUGACGGCUCAUGAUGGUUCCAAUCCUUGGUGGGGACUGUUAGAAGAAGCUAUAAAAAAUGCUAAUGGAAAAGUUGGAAAGCCAGAAAUAUUUCCUGCUUCAACGGAUGCUCGCUAUUUCCGGGAGCAGGGCUUGCCAGCAAUUGGCUUUUCUCCCAUGGCAAAUACUCCCAUUCUUCUCCAUGACCACAAUGAGUUCUUGAACAAGGACGAAUAUUUGAAAGGGAUUGAUGCAUACGAGUCAAUAAUAAAAGCCUUUGCAUCAUUUGACGAGCGAACAAGUGAUGACGAAUCCAAAGCAGAACUGUAAGGAGAUGGCUGUCGGGAUGUGGGUGGCAAUUUCUGCAUCAACGGUAACAGCGUAUCUGAAUGUGUGGUAUUCCAUUGGUAUUACGUACUUUUUAAGUCAGAAGCAGCAUUAGUGAGCUGGGCAUUUAUUGUCCGAGAGAGGUUGACAUGUCAUGUAGAAUUGCUGAUAUUUUUCCUCAGUCCCACCAACGUACGACUCUGCCGCUUUUUCACUCUUCUUUGUUUAGAUUGAUUUAAACUUUUGCUGUCUGCGGCUACAUGAAUAAGUCCAUGUAUAAAGGAGGAGUGAGGAUGAUUAGUUUACUGGAACAGAUGAAUAUAAUGGCUUGGUUGACUUGA